AUGUCGCCGCGAGACCUGACAUCGUCCUCGGUGUCUUCGUUUUCGGCAGACCACUAUCCGUUAUUUCCCCGGAUGGGAAAUGCUCGAAGACCACUGAACGUCCAACCUCCUCGAACAAGUCGAAGGCUGAUGGAUUCCACUGAGCACUUGGGCCAUAUUUUCAAGGGCGAUUUCGGUAUCAAACAGAGACUGGAAGACUCAAACCUCUCAGCGAAGGGCUCUUGUUCACAAGAGAGCUCCUCUCGGGUCGGGCCAUGCGACAGACAAGCAUCGGGCAUCCGCUACGACGAAGAUAGCGAGUUGGACCUUGGGGACUGGCACACGGUAUCCACUGACGGAGACCAGUCAUUCGAUUCGAGCAUCUUACGCAAUAUUGGAAAUCGUAUGGGCCCAGCAGAUACUGCUCCGGCUGAUAAGCAAAAUGACAAGUUCAAGUAUUUGUCACUCUAUGAAAGCAUGGCAGGCAAGAACCCCAACGGCAGCAACCACUCGGUAUUCAAUCUUUCUGGACUUGACGACUUCACGCGGUUCAUGCGUAAAAGUGAACUCAACGAUGCCAUCCAGAAGCACGCACAGGAGAGUCUGGUCAGAGAAGACAACCUUUUACCAGUUAUGGAAAAUGACAUGCUUGGACAGAACUUUACCACUGACUAUAACUCUGAAGCCGCGGGCGGCACUCACAAGGAGUCCCAUAAGUCGAAACGUCCAUGGCAGAACAGAAGCAUUGAUAAAGACAAGUAUGCCACUAAGAGUGAUAUUAACGAGCUCAGGCUAGCAGGCGACACUUUGGGAAGCUCCGAUUCCAGCACCAGAGACUCCAUAUUUCUUUCACGGAAGUUGAAAGUUAGACACUUGCAGAUGAUAUCUUUUGGAGGUACUCUCGGUGUUGGCUUGUACUUGAAUAGUGGAAAGGCUUUCACCAUCGCCGGAGGCUUCGGCACGGUUUUGGCAUUUGCUAUAGUUGGUAUCAUUGUUCUUGCAACUAUUGUGUCUUUCUGCGAGAUGGUGACCUUUGUUUCUGUUGUUGAUGGUGUGUCAGGGCUCAGUGCCAGAUUCGUGGACGAUUCCUUUGGCUUUGCCACGGGUUGGCUAUAUUUCAUCAGUUUCUCUGUGGGCUUGGCCGGCGAAAUCGUGGCUUCUGUAAUCAUUCUCAGCUACUUCCAACAGUCUAAGAUUUUGGAGAACCAAGGCGCCACCGUGGGCUUCGUGAGUUUAUUCUGGACUUUCUGCUUGGUCAGUAAUUUGAUAGAUGUGAGGGUUUUCGGAGAGAUCGAAUACUUCUCCAGUUUGAUCAAGGUCAUUAUGACAUUGAUCAUGAUCGUUGUAAUGAUCGUUAUUAAUCGUGGUGGUCUAGGUAAGAUGGGCGCAAUUGGCUUCAAAUAUUGGACAUACAGCAAAUCCGAUUUUGACCAUAAUGUCAUCUUUGGCCUUUUCAGACCUACUUUUGAUUUGCGAAGUAACGGAAUGGACUCAGAGCUCCAUGGCAUUCCCGGUAACUUAGGCCGUUUCCUUUCUGUAUUGAGUGCAGUUUUAAUUGUGUCUUACGCUUACAGCGGAACCGAGAUUGUUUGCAUUGCUGCUUGCGAAGCCAAGGACCCUCGUAAAGCGCUCCCGUCAGCCACGAAGAGAGUCUUCUGGAGAAUCCUUAUUUUCUAUUGCCUUGCCUCAUUUGUUGUUUCUUUGAACAUAUACGCUGGUGACCCUAGGUUGUUGCGUUACUACACUGGAAAUUCUGGUGUUUCACCAGAUACUUACGACACAAACUAUGCCAUUCAUUAUGUUGGAGGAAACAACUGUCAUUCGGCAACUCGUGUGUAUGCUGGAUUUGCUAACGGGUCACAAAGUCCUUGGGCAGUGGCAUUCCAAAGUGUGGGGCUCUGCGAUUGGAGUUCCGUCGCCAACGCCUUUCUCGUGUUCUUUGCUCUAUCGUGCGGUAACUCGCAACUUUACGUUUCAUCUAGAACUAUCUACUCGUUGUCUUUACAAAACAAGGCGCCUGCGUUCUUGAAGAAAUGCAACCGGUUUGGCAUUCCCUACUACUCUGUUCUUGUUGCAUCAGCUCCUGCCCUCUCAUCUUUUAUCUGUGUUUCAGAACUGGCUACCGUCGUGUUCCAGAACUUGACGAGUAUCAUCUCGUCUUCUGGAGUUUUUGUGUGGUUUGCCAUGUGCCUCUCUUAUAUCCGGUUCUUCUAUGGAUUGAAGAAAAGACCGGAUAUCAUGAGUCGUGAGGAUAAGUCAUAUCCUUACAGAUCACCAUUCCAACCAUACAGUGCCAUUGUGGGGCUCACCGGUUCAUCAGUGAUCUUGCUUGGCAUGGGAUAUGUGGUGUUCAUGAAAGACCACUGGGAUACUAUGUUCUUCUUUUCGAGUUACGGCUCACUUAUUCUCUUCGCUGCGUUGUACCUUGGCUACAAAGUGACCAAAGGCACCAGAAUCUUGAGUCUUGAGGCGCUCGACUUUGACAGUGGGCGUCGUGAAAUGGAUAUUUACAUUUGGGAUGGUGGAAAGGAGUAUAAUACUCGAAACAUCAAACAUCUUGCCUACAAGAUGGUUGACUUCUUAGCAUAA